GACGGCCCUCGCGAGUCAGCCAUCUUUCAAUUGUGCUCUCAGCCGCCGCCGCCAGCAGCAGUAGCUGUAGCUCCUCCUCGCUUCCUCCCUCCCUGCUCGGCAGCCGCUCUCAGCCCAAGCGGACGGGGGACUAGGGCUGCAUUUCGUGAUUGUUUCCAUUUUGUUCGGGUCUGGGAGAUGAGUUUGCCAGUGAGAGGCGCUUGGGAGCGAGGCAGCCUUGGAAAAGCAAUUGCACAGAAAGAGACAGAGAGGCAGCACCAAAAACAACCCCCCAAAAAAGUGUAAGGAAGAGAAGUUUUCAGGAACAUGGCUCGUACCAAGCAAACUGCCCGUAAAUCCACUGGUGGUAAGGCACCUAGGAAGCAGCUCGCUACGAAAGCAGCUCGCAAGAGUGCGCCCUCUACUGGAGGGGUCAAGAAACCUCAUCGCUACAGGCCGGGUACUGUGGCUCUCCGUGAAAUCAGACGUUAUCAGAAGUCUACUGAACUUCUGAUCCGCAAACUUCCCUUCCAGCGUCUGGUGCGUGAAAUUGCUCAGGACUUCAAAACAGAUCUGCGCUUCCAGAGCGCUGCUAUUGGUGCUUUGCAGGAGGCAAGUGAAGCCUACCUGGUUGGCCUGUUUGAAGAUACCAACCUCUGUGCUAUCCAUGCCAAACGUGUCACAAUCAUGCCAAAAGAUAUCCAGCUAGCACGCCGCAUACGUGGAGAGCGUGCUUAAACUCCACUAUGGUGGGUUUGUCCUUCUCAAUACAAAUCUCUUCUUCCUGUUAUUGGUAGUAAUGAACGUUAGAUAUUUUUUUUCCAUGGGGUUAAAAGGUACCUAAGUAUAUGGUUGCAAAUGGAAACAUAGGGAACAGAAUCGGGUAUUGGCAAGUUUUUUUCCAUUUUCAUUUGUGUGUGGAUUUUUAAUAUAAAUGCGGAGACAUAAAGCAUUAAUGCAGUCAAAAAUGUUUCAGUGAACAAGUUUCAACAAUUCAACUUUAUAUCAAUUAUAAAUAAACCUGUCAAAUUUUUCUGGACAAUGCCAGCAUUUGGAUUUUUUUAAAACAAGUAAAUUUCUUAUCGAUGGCAAUUAAAUGGUGUUUGUAGCAUUUUUAUCAUACAGUAGAUUCCAUCCAUUCGCUAUACUUUUCUAACUGAGUUGUCCUACAUGCAAGUACAUGUUUUUAAUGUUGUCUGUCUUCUGUGCUGUUCCUGUAAGUUUGCUAUUAAAAUACAUUAAAUGACA